CAUUCUAGAAUCUAGAUGCUUCCCUAUUUUCGUUCCCCCGCUAGUUUCAAUUUUUUUUUUUCGCCAUAUUCGAAUUUUCUCUGAAGGUGAAGAGCUCGCAUAAAGCUUUUUUUUUCUCUGAAGGUUAGAAUUUGAAAUCGGAGAAGUGAAGAAGAAGAAGAAGAAGAGAUGGAGGAGUAUCUACAGUAUAUGAAGACUCUCCGGUCUCAAAUGACUGAUGUGGAGGAUCAUGCGGCGAAGGUCUCCGUCGAGGAACAGACGCAGGUUACCACAAUCAGUACCUUGGAGAAAGAUCUCGCUCAUGCAUUGUCUGAGACGAAGAGACUAAAAGAAGAGACGGAUCAGAAGACGAGGGCCAAAGGAGAAAUAUGCUCUCACAUACUUGAAAAGCAGAGAAAGAUUUCGUCCAUGGAAUCUGAUUCAACAAAUCUUGCGCAGAGUUUGGUUCUUAUUCUACAAGAACGAGACAGUAUAUCUGCCAAACUUGUAUCGAAACGUUCUAACUAUGUGAAGACAGCAGAAGAAGCUAGAAACAAACUAGAGGAGCAAAAGGGAUGGUUUAUCUCCCAUAUGAGUAAUAAAACUGGUCAACAUGGGCAGAAAAACGAAACAAGGAAUAACCUGAUGGAACUAUCAGAAUCUGCUAGAGCAAAGCUUGAUCAGGCAAAGCAGAUGAGAUCCAACCUUACUAAGGAAAAUUCGAAGAUCAAGCUAUCAGUUGAGCAUGUGAAGCACAAGAUUAAUGAGUUUAAGCCAGAGUUAAUGUCGGUGGAUAUGAAGGUUCUAGAAGAGGAAUACACAGCUCUCUUGUCAGAUGAGUCUGGAGAGGCAGAGUAUCUGAGUUCGCUGCAGAGUCAGGCUAAGAAACUGAAGGGAAUUUCUUACAUUGCUAAAUGUGGUUGUGGAGAAGAAUACAGUGUUGGUCUAGAUUAGGCCAGAGUUAUUAUAUAAAUGCACUUUCACCAUUCAAGCAUCUGUCGAACUAGUAUCUGAAUAUGUGAACAAAGCAAGAACCACAAGUAGCUUUAUGUGCUAGUUCUUUCGAAUAUGUGCUUCUGCAGGAUGGGUUAAUUGUUUAGUUUGUAGAGAGAUCCAACUAGCAUGCUGUCUUGUUGCAGUAUUGUAAUGUCUUUCAGUUUCAGGCUCUCCAUAUGCAUGAGAUCUUAAGCUUUUUAAGACAUAAUAAAUGAGAUGUUGAGCGUGUGUUAUUAUGAUUCAAACCAGAUGUGUAAAGUUGUGGUCAUGGUCU